AUGAAUCUAUCUAUCUAUCUAUCCCCGUCUUUUAAUUCAAUCUAUCUAUCUAUCCCAGUCUUUUCAUUUAAUGAAUCUAUCUAUCUAUCUAUCUAUCUAUCUAUCUAUCUAUCUAUCCCAUCCUUUUCAUAUCUAUCUAUCUAUACAUCUAUCCCAGUCUUUAAUUCAAUGAAUCUAUCUAUCUAUCUAUCCCAGUCUUUUAAUUCAAUGAAUCUAUCUAUCUAUCUAUCCCAGUCUUUUAAUUCAAUGAAUCUAUCUAUCUAUCUAUCUAUCUCAUCUUUUAAUUCAAUGAAUCUAUAUAUCUAUCUAUCACUGUCUUUUAAUUCAAUAAAUCUAUCUAUCUAUCACUUCUUUUACUUCAAUGAAUCUAUCUAUCUAUCUAUCUAUCUAUCUAUCCUAGUCUUUUACCUCAAUGAAUCUAUCUAUCUAUCCCCGUCUUUAAAUUCAAUCUAUCUAUCUAUCUAUCUAUCUAUCUAUCUAUCUAUCUAUCUAUCCCAGUCUUUUCAUUUAAUGAAUCUAUCUAUCUAUCUAUCUAUGUAUCCCAGUCUUUUAAUUCUAUCUAUCUAUCUAUCUAUCUCUGUCUUUUCAUUCAAUUAA